UGCAACGCUCUCUUCUUUUUCACAAGGUGUGAAGGUGCAACUGUAAUCGGUCGUCCCGAAUCCGGGUUCAUCCGACACCCUCACCGUUUCAAGCUAAACUCAACUCAACUUUACCUACAUCAUGCCUCCCAAGCUCGACCCCAAUGAGAUUAAAGUUGUGUACAUGAGGUGCACAGGAGGAGAAGUUGGUGCCACCUCCUCUCUGGCCCCCAAGAUCGGUCCUUUGGGUCUGUCUCCCAAGAAGGUUGGUGACGACAUUGCCAAGGCCACCGGUGACUGGAAGGGUCUGAGAAUCACAGUGAAGCUGACCAUCCAGAACAGACAGGCAGCUAUUGAAGUGGUGCCCUCUGCCUCUGCCCUGAUCAUCAAGGCCCUGAAAGAGCCUCCUCGUGACAGAAAGAAGGUGAAGAACGUCAAGCACACUGGCAGCGUGGCCCUGGACGAGAUUGUCAACAUUGCCCGUGUCAUGAGGCACCGUUCCAUUGCCAGAGAGCUUUCUGGAACUGUCAAGGAGAUCCUGGGAACAGCUCAGUCAGUUGGGUGCACCAUCGACGGCCGCCUUCCCCAUGAUGUCAUUGAUGACAUCAAUGCCGGAAAAGUUGAAGUCCCCUCUGAGUAAAAUCACCAGAGAAGAAAAAUGAAUAAAAUUUGUUACAAAAAAAUG